AUGAAUGCGCCUCGGUUGGUGCUAGACAAGGCAGCGCCUUCGCUGCUCCUCAGCCGCCUCGCGCUGCCGACUUCGCGAUCGUCGAGGCCUUGCCAGCACCUCUUGCGGCAGUUUUCACAGUCCAAAUACUGGACUGCUUCCUCGGAGAAAAUUUCGUCCACACCUUCGUAUCAGCCCUAUCCUCUUGCGAAGCCCACUGGACCUCGCAGCAACUUGCCAGAGAGCUCGAUAGCAAGCCCGAUACCACAAGUCCACGAGACAAGGCCGCCGCAGCCUGCCGUGACCCCCUCGGGUCCCAAGGAACCCUCGCCACAGACCGCAACCAGCUCGUCACUACCGGAGCAGGAGACCCAGAAGCCAAAGCCUGCGCCAGAGAGGAAGCGCAAGCUCAGACCGCGCAAGGCAGCCAUGAAGCUCACGCCGUCAGCUGUUGAGCAUCUACGUGAGAUGUUGGAAGGACCCGAACCCAAGAUGAUCAAGAUCGGAGUUCGGAACAGAGGAUGCAGUGGCCUGGCCUAUCACCUGGACUGGGUGGAUAAGGCUGGCCCAUUUGACGAAACCGUCGAGCAAGAUGGCGUCAAGGUCUUGAUUGACAGCAAGGCACUCUUUAGUAUUAUUGGAAGCGAGAUGGACUGGAUUGAGGACAAGCUCAGUCAGAGAUUCACAUUCAAGAAUCCCAACAUCAAGGAGGAAUGCGGUUGCGGAGAGUCGUUUAUGGUGUAA